AUUAGAAGACCAAACCCUGACAGUCACCUCCAAGCAGCUGGCUUUGCUCUUAUCCUUUUCACCAAACUGCGGACUAUUUUAUGACAUUUUGUGGUUGAAAGGCUAUUAAAAUGCACAUAUGUGUGUUUUGCAUGUUGUUUUAGGCUAUUAUGAGGAGAAACAGAAUACACCGACAGUAAUUCCAAGGCACCCUUAAGCAAGAAACCACGUGAUCAAAGCGGGGCGGUCGAACUACAAGCCAUUUUAGGGACGGUGUCAGUUUCACCACACACACACACACACACACACACAUAUACACUGCGUUUUUACUGGUGGUGGUGGUGGUAGGGGGGGUGAAGCGGAUCUUUUUUGGAGGCAAAGUUAUCGGUACCCAAGUGCGAGCUCUCCCCAGCAGAACCUGGGUUCUCUUCACGUCCGCGGAUCGGGGACGCGCACGACAUUGCGCGGUCUGGCGAGAAGAAGAGGAGAGUUUUUUUUUUUAUUCGCACAUCUGAAAACGCGCUCCGGUCCACGGUGCGCUCUCUGCCACUGACAGCGUCUGCAGCUUCAAGAUGGCGGAUCUGCUCCUAUUCAUUUUCUGCUGAUCGCCUCCCAACUUUCAUUGUCUAUUCGCGUCGAGACCCGCCGAUUCGCAGCCCAGCAUCCAGGAUUGUUGUUCCCCUCUCUCAACAUGCAUCGGACGACCAGGAUAAAGAUUACCGAGCUCAAUCCCCACCUCAUGUGCGUCCUGUGCGGAGGAUAUUUCAUAGACGCAACGACCAUCAUCGAAUGUCUUCACUCAUUUUGCAAGAUGUGCAUUGUGCGCUACCUGGAAACCAGCAAAUACUGUCCCAUCUGUGAUGUACAAGUGCAUAAAACCAAGCCUCUGCUCAACAUUAGGUCUGACAAAACUCUACAGGACAUUGUGUACAAGCUGGUCCCUGGCCUCUUUAAAAAUGAGAUGAAGAGGAGGAGAGACUUUUAUGCGGAUCACCCAGUAGAUGCUUCUAAUGGAUCGAAUGAGGAUCGAGGAGAGGUGGCAGACGAGGACAAGAGAAUUAUUACAGAUGAUGAGAUCAUCAGCCUCUCUAUUGAGUUCUUUGAUCACUGCAGGCUGGGAGGUGCAAUGGAGGACAAGCAGUCUAAAGAUCAAAAUAUGGUGGCUAACAAAAGGUACCUACAGUGUCCAGCAGCCAUGACAGUCAUGCAUCUGAGGAAGUUUUUGCGCAGCAAAAUGGACAUCCCAAAUACCUACCAGGUUGAAGUCAUGUAUGAAGACGAACCUCUGAAAGAUUACUACACUUUAAUGGAUAUAGCAUACAUCUACACUUGGAGAAGAAACGGCCCGUUGCCGCUGAAAUACAGAGUCCGACCCAAUUGUAAGAAGAUGAAGGUGAGCCAUGAGCAGCAGGACGGCCAGAACAGCGCAAGUAGAUCCGGUCCGGAGAGUGACUCCGCCAGUGACAAACCCGGAAGUCCCGCUGGGGCUCCAUCCACUUCCUCGUCGCUGCCGAGCCCCGGCACGCCUGCGCAGUCCCCGCACCCCCAGCUCCCACACGGCCCCAUUAACGUGAACGGGACCCCGCCGACUGGCCCCGCUCCUCCGACUCCCAGUCGGCCCUUCACUCAGUUCAGCAGCGGCAGCGGCGGCAGCAAGGCGCGGAAGGUUUCGCUGAACGGCUCGGCGACGUCCUCCGGAUGACGUCACACAGCCGCUCAGCUAAUUGGCCUACCGUUUCCAUGCCAACGUAGUUCCAUUGUGUAGACAAUGCUAUCUCUUUUUCUCUCUCUCUCUCCAUUGGUUGUUCUAAAUAUUAUGACAUCACAUGUAAGUUUAAACGUAGUGGAAUCAGAGACAUUUCAAAAUAAAAGAAACGAGGAGGUCUGGUGGUUGGGGAUGUUUUUUUUUUUUUUUUUUUUUAAUGUGGCCUAUGAAAGCAAGAUGUUGAUGUUGACAGAAAAAAAAAAGAAAGUUGGAAAAGAGAUGGACAAGCAUUUAUCCCAUUUUAAAGCUACAUCUUUAUUUUACAGAAGUGACUGAAGAUAGAGUUUUAUAUUUUCUUCUACAUUUUUUUCCAGAUUAAACGUGUUUAUCAUGAUUAUUUCAUGUGUUGGGAUAUUUUGAAACUGUUUAAACAUGCAUGCUCAUGAUAACACUUUUACUUUUAUAAAAGAGGAUUCUGUGUGUUUGCCCCAGAAGUCUCGUUUUGACUGUUUUUAUUUUUAUUUUUAUUUUUUUUUGGAAGUGUUUCCAACAUCGGUGGGUCAACGAAGGGAACAUACAUUUGUAUGGCUUUGUUGGCUUUGUGGAAAACAUGCCUGUGGAGGAAAAAAACAACUUUAAAUUGCCUUUUACUGAAAAAAAAAUCAGUUUCUUGUAGCUGCAGUGGAUUCUGAUUGCUUAUUCACCACGUCUUGUUAAGCAGUUUUAGAGGAUCCACCUGUAAAUAUAAACAAAAUGCAUAUUUAAUCAGCGAUGGUGUUAUUCUCUUUUGUCCCUUUUGUUCUGAGGGAAUGACUUGGACUCCUGUUCAGCUCCAUUUCAUGCUCAAUGAAAGAUGUUUUGAUGUCUCCAGUGUUUUCCGUAUUUGUAUCGCUCGAUUGUAUGGACAACUUAUUGUAUUGUUACUGUUGCACAGUAUAAAACAUCUAAAUAAAACAUUUUACACU